AUGGCCAUGGCCCUUGGGCCCGGGGCGUGGAACCCCCUGCCGCACGGCUCGCUUCCGCCGCCUCGCCCGCGCGCCGCGGCGCGCCCAGCGGCGGGGGCGUCGUUCGCGACGCGGCACGUGGCGGCGGCACUGGUGGCGGCCCAGGGCGUGCGCGUAGUGCGCCGAGUGGCCUUGCGCGUGCUGGCGCCGACGGACUACUACGGCCUGCUGGGCCUGCCCGCCUACACUUCGGACCGGAAGGCCAUCAAGGCGGCUCACCGGCGCACGGUGAAGCUGGUGCACCCAGACAUCCUGGGCCCGGCCUCCGGAGACCUGCAGGUCAUCGUCAACUCUGCCUACCGCAUGCUCAGCGACGACGAGCUGCGUGAGAAGUAUGACACCACGCUGCGCCGCAGCAAGAUGUCCAACAUGGCGAUGAGCCAAUGGGCCAAUCCCAAGGCCACAGAAGGCCUCUUCGUGGACGAGACGGUGUGCCGGAGCUGCCUGAAGUGCGCCAGCAGCGCCCCGGGCACCUUCGAGGUGGAUCCCAACACCAGGAGGGCCCACGUCUACCUCCAGGGGGGCAACGACGUGAAUGAUUUGGACAUCGCGGAGCUCGGCUGCCCCGAGCAAGCCAUCACCAUGCUGCCCCGCAGAUGGGUGCCAUUGUUGGAGUACGCCCUGCAGAAGAGCAAGUCGCUGCAGGGCCGGAAGAAUCCUUUCGACCUAUUGGCGGCGGCCCACUGCCGGGUGCUGCAACUGACCGCCAAGCAGGACCUGGGCGCCGCGCCGCCGGAUGCGCAACUGCGGGAGGAGUACGCGGAGAUGGCCACGGCGCUGAAGGAGGAUUUCCGGGAAGCGCGCCGCAACAUCCUCGCAAAGUAUGCCACUUGCAGUGAUGAGGCGAAGAAAGAAGCCGGCGAGCUCAUUGCGAAAGGGGGCCGUCCCCCCUCUGGGAUCCAGGAGGACGACGAGCUAGGGGUUUUCGUGGACGAGACAGCGUGCUCCAGAUGCUACAAGUGCGUGGAGGUUGCCUCAUCCACCUUUGCGGUGCACAGGAGCCCUGAGCGAGGGGAGAAAGUCCAUGCAGUGGCGCAGGACGCAGAUGCCGCGGAGAUUCUGCAAGCUGCAGUGAGAAACUGCCCGUCUCGCGCCAUCUCCUUCGUGCAGAAGGCGGACGUGCCCUUGUUGGAUCUCGCCAUGCGGGAGGCGGUGCAGCUGGCGCAGACCUCUGGCGUGCUGAAGGGGCCCUUCCAGAUCCUGGAGGAGUACCUGGUAGAGGACAUCAUCAGGAUGGAUCUGGAGCUCAAGGACUUCACCCCGGCGCAGACUCGACGGGACGCCCGCUCCGUGGCAGCCGCCCAGGAUGCCGCGGAGGAGAUCUCGGAGGCUUCGCAGAUGAUCCCAGAGGAUGUGCGCCAGCGCCUGUGGCGCGGUAUUGGCGGAGACCAGUCAGCCGUCAAGGAGUUGGAGGCUAUGGCCUCGGGCGAAGUGCCGUCAGCGUCGAGGACGUCGCUGAAGGCAGAGCUCUUCCAGAGCUUUGACGCGGACGGGGACGGGUUCUUGUACUCCACCGAGCUGCGGGGCCUGGCGUCGGCCAUGGGCUUCGAGGGCAGCGACUCCGAGUGGACCCAGGAGUAUGUCAUGAUCUGCACGGAGGUGGGCUGCGAUCCAACCCAGGGCCUCGACUUCCGGGGCUUCUCUCGCAUGGUGGAUGACGAGGAGGCCGGCUAUUUGGAGGACGAAGAAAUGGUCGACAUCUUGCAAAGCCGCUGA